CAGACAUCCCUCUUCUCCACAUCCCCGAUACAGACCCAUGUCUACUACGUCAAUCUUAAUCCCAGUGUUUCCGUUACAAGGAAUGGAAGGUCCAGGCAUUCCUCUAGUUAAAAGUGAUGGAUAUUACGCUCGUUACGUCAGCACAGAUCAACUAAUAGAAGAAGACAAAAUCACGAUGAGUUCCGGAAUCAAGUCCCCGCAGAUCAAACAACAUCUUGGACACAGAUUGCGCAGACGCAAAGAGCUCAUUGGCAGGCGGUCCAUGGUAGUAGACCUGUCAUGUCUGUUAAGCAUUACCGGUGUUGUUGUGAUAGUAAUAGAUACGGAACUGCAGUUUGCAGGAGUUGUUUCCCCUUUGGACGCCAUAUCAAUCGCGAUGCGCGCAAUCACAACAGUGACAAGUUUGUUACUAGUAAUGUCUGUCGUUGCCUAUAACUUAAUUGGCAUUCAGUUGAAGAUCGUUAGUGCGGGGCUAGACAAUUGGCAACUCGUCAUCACGUAUAGUACUGUGUUUAAAAUAGUCGCUGAGGCGAUUGUUUGUUUCUUCCAUCCAUUUCCAUUCGGUGAUAUAAAAAUUCCGAUGACUGUUGUUGAAUUCGAGGCUGAGCGAGCCGAAUUCAACACGCGGUAUGUGCCGCUUAAUUCCAUUUUAGCCAUUCUUAUGUUUCUUAGAUUAUACAUACUUGGACGAUUCCUAGUGGUUCACAGUGACUUGUUCAAGGACACGACCGUUCAGAGUUUAGGGACGUUAAGUAAAGUAAACAUUAACGCCCAGUUCGUAUUUAAAGCUUUGAUGACCACGCGACCUGGCACGUGUCUUUCUGCCAUAUUGGUGACGACAUUGCUGAUAAACAGUUGGUCGCUUAGAGUCUGCGAGUACCACACGAACCCGGCGGACGGGAAAGAUCAUUACGCGCAAGCUCUUUGGCUAACGGCCGUGACCUUUCUAACUUUAGGAUACGGUGACGUCACACCACAAAGUAUUUGUGGUAGAGUAAUAGCAAUACAAACAGGGCUUAUGGGAGUCGGUAUAAUGGCACUGUGUGUCGCUGUUCUCGCCCGAAAACUCGAACAAACGAGACCUGAACGUUACGUUCAUACAUUCGUUCAACAAAUUCACAUGGAUAAACUGAGACGUAACGCUGCGGCUGAUGUUGUGAAACAGUCCUUCAUUGUCUGGCGAUUACGAAAGCGAGGCUACUCUAUGAACCAUACGUACGUUUUACGUCAUCGCCGGAAAUUAUUGGACGCCAUUAGAAAAAUGAACCAAUCGCAUCUCACCAAGUCUCAUCUACGUGAGUGUGCAAUCGGGACGGUUGAGGUUUCCAAGGGCGUUCACCAGGUUAAUGACAUAGUUACCUCAUUGAAGGAGGAGAACUUGCAUGUUAAUCAGAGGCUUGAAAACCUGGAGAAACUUGUUACUAACAUACAUUUCCAAUUGUACGAGAUGAAAGAGAUUUUACGCGAUAAGGAGUAUUCAAAGAAAACUUGAGAUAUGAUCUCCUGUCGACCUAUUGAUGACGAUGAUAACGAUUAUACUGAUAAUG